AUGACAAAAGUACUUAUUUCUGGUGCAUCUGGUUAUAUUGCUCAACAUAUUAUCAAGGAUCUAUUGCUUCAAGGUCAUGCUGUAGUGGGUACAGUCAGAUCAGCAGAAAAAGGAAACAAUUUAGCUAAAUUGUUUAACUCCAGCAACUUCUCUUUCGAAAUUGCCAACUUGACAGAAGAGAAAGCUUUUGACAAAAUACUUACGAACAACAAAGAUGCGACAGCGUUUUUACAUACGGCCUCUCCGUUGCCUCAUAAUGCAAAUGAUAAUGAGAAAGAGUUCUUAAUCCCAGCUGUGGAGGGCACUAAAUCUGUGUUACAAUCAAUCAAGGAUCAUGGUUCCCAAAUUGAACAUGUAGUGAUAACAUCAUCCUAUAUUGCAGUUAAAGACUCAAAAAAUAACUCUCCUUUACCAUACACUGAAGAUAGUUGGAAUUCUAUUACGUGGGAAGAAGCAGCCAAGGAAAAGUCUCUUGGAUAUCCUGGAUCAAAGAAAUUUGCUGAAAAGGCUGCUUGGGAUUUUCUUGAAAAGGAAAAACCGCAUUUCACAUUAACUGCUGUUAACCCAGCAUAUGUGUUUGGACCCCAAGCUUUUGAUGAAGAAGUCAAGGAGAAGUUGAACUUUUCUGCGGAGUUUAUCAACUCAAUUGUUAGACUGGUUUCUACCGGUAAGAUGCCACAGUUUAGUGGGGCAUUUAUUGAUGUUAGAGACGUCGCCAAGGCUCAUAUUACUGCCUUCACCAACGAAAAGGCUUUUGGUAAAAGAUUAGUAUUAUACAAUGAACCAUGCAAUGUUCAGGAUAUUGUUGGCUACAUUAGAGAGAAUUUUCCUCAAUUAAAAGUACCAGCAGUUGAAGGAAAUGGGAUAAGAAACGAUCCAAAAGUGAAUGCAACAGUUGAUAAUAAAAAAACUCGAAAAAUUCUUGCUUUUGACUUCAUUGACUUCGAGAAGUCACUUCGGGACUCAAUCAAUCAAAUUUUGAAAGUCUACCCUAUUUCGUGA